AAAGCAAGCCGAGCUUGAGCGGCGCGUCGUGUGCCAAAGACUCGCGACAGGACGCUGCGCGCGGCUUCAAAAGUCAUAACUUGCAUUACUGCUGCGCCAGUGCUGCUUGGUUGCUGCACUCCGGGAGCUGCACUGCUACGGAGAGCAGGAGCCUGCACACAGCCAAGAUAGCACGCAGCGAUGCUCAAAUUCUUCUGCAUUUCGGCUGUCACCCAUGCCUACCUCACGCCGUCGCCGCGGCGCCGAUCAAGAGCAGUCGUUGCCGCCACGGACAGCGAGCAGUGGGAGAGCUUCACGGCGUACCACGUCGGCGAGUGGUUCGGCGCGAAGACGGUCUAUGACGCCUCCGCGGCCGUCGUCGACGAGGACUCGGUCGCGAUCACCUGCUUGCGCCGAGAGGACGACGAAGUGACGCACGUGCUCAAAGUACCUGCAGCAGCGCUCGCGGCCUCGGGCUGCGACCGAUGCGCCGACACGAUCGAGUGGCGCGACAUCCCGGCGGGGUCGUACAAACAAGGCGCGCUGGGCCGUUUUACGGUCAAUGGCUGUGUGGAAAUCAACCACAGUAGCUAGGAGGCACCUCGCGUCGAUGGCGUGGAAGCCGUUGGGCGCCUGAAAUUUGAUUUCCACACAGGUCAAUGGCCGUGGCGCCGCCGUCGGGCCCAGCUUGUUACGGAGCGGUGGCGUGUCCUUCGAGGUUGCUCUCGCGGACGGCGAGCGGCGCUGCACGCUGACGGCGUCCUUCGCGCCGGAGAGCGAUAAGACGCUCGCGCUGCGGCGGUGCGUCCUGUCGCGCGAGCGGACCGACGCCUUUCCCGACGACGACGCCGCCUUUCACAGCGCAGUCGAGGCGUACGGCUGGUCCGACAAUGGCGGCCUGACCGUCGACGCGCCCGGCGGCAUUUCUUUUUGCGUCGCCGAGCGCAUCGAAGAAGGUACGCCCGCCCGCGUGCGCCUGCGCUGGAACGCGCUCGCCGCGGACGCGGUAUUGACGGCGUUCCCGGGACCGCCAGUCCUCGCGUCGUUCGACGCGUCGAGUUAA